AUGCCACGCCAGACGAUGCAAGACCGUAGAAAUUGGGUAAAUGGUGUUGUGCAUCUGCCUGGGGGACAACACAUUGUCGCAUGUUCGCCAGAUGGCUCACUCCGACUAUGGGACAGAGAGAGCGGCGCACAGAUAGGCGGGGCCUGGUGGGACAGGAAUAAUGCAGUCAGCGAGGGCUGCUAUAGUGCGGUGCGGUGCAUAGCAUUGUCUCCAAAUGGAAAGACAAUUGCAAGUGGGAGCGAAGAUGGGAAAGUGAGGUUGUGGGAAGUUGAGACAAGGAAGCUCAUUGCCACUUGGACAGGAGUUGCCGGGAAUAUGCUGUUGGCAUUGUGCUGGAGAGCAGACGGUAAGCGGGUAGUGACCGGAUCCGCAUCCUGGGAUGGGACGGCAAGAGUCUGGGAUGUUGACAGCGGCAGAACUGUCCUGACAAUUAAUACUGGGCGUGAAUGGGUAAGAGCAGUGAUAUACUCGCCUGACUCUUCAAAACUUGCGACGGGUGGAGACUCAUAUCGCAAUGCAAGUUGGCGCGAUAGCGCUGUAAAUGUCUGGGAUGCGAAGACGGGCAAGCUACUCCAGGAACUAGAGCCUUAUUAUGGAUCAGUUUUCAGCCUAGCAUGGACGUCGGACGGGAAGAAGCUUAUCUCCGGUUCAGAUUGCCUAAUUACCAUAUUCGACACUGCCACUUGGCAGGCGAUUGCCAGACUCCAAGGCCACACAGAUUUUGUCACCGCCAUCUCCUUGUCUCAGAAUGACCGCCUACUUGCAAGUGCAUCACUCGAUAAAACAGCGUGUCUAUGGGAUCUCGACACCAAACACCAAGUAAUACCAUCCCUCCCACACGGACGGGAUUUGCGCUCUGCAGCCCUUUCUCCUGAUGGAAAGGUGCUAGUCACCGGUUGCGAAGACGCAAAAGUGCACGUUUGGGACGUUUACGCCAUCGCAACUGCACAAUAUCUGUUAGAGCAAAAGGCAGCAUAUCAAGAUGAUUCAGGAUCACAGCACACAACCCGCUUGUCGCUCAAUGACAAGUCAUUUUUGGAAGCUGAUGCUACGCGUUGUCUUGACCAGUUUGGCGAUGUCGAUGAGCUCUCACCAACGUUUUUUGACGGCAUGGAAGCCGAUGCUCAUUUUUCCCCAAUGGGUGGUGCAUGCCCCCAUUCCUCUGCAAAUUCGUUCUUUCUUAGCCCUUCCUCAUUUAUCCGCCGCUUUUGGGCCAAAAAUGAUGAAGCGACCGAACUUCCGCAACCCUCAAGUCCUUCGCUGUUCUAUCAGGCUCCCCGUGCAUUCUUCGCUCACCUGUCGUCAUUCAUUCACCGCUCUCCAUCUGAAAAUCAUGCACCGGACGAACUUCAGCAACCAUCCACACCUUCGCAAUUAGAUCCACAUGUGCUACUGGAUCGCCUUGACUCGUUUUUGCCUCGACCUCGACUUGGCACUGACAGAGAAGCAGAACCUCGUCCAACAACGCAUUUCAGUUCGCGUUCAGAUGCACUCUUCAGCCAGUUGUCCUCACUCUUCCGCUCUCGACCCCACACCAAUGAGGAAAUUGAACUCCCACGACGCCCAAACUGUCCUCGUGUUGUUGAAGUGGCUGCAGUGCGGGACAAGCAGACUUUGGUUGUUGCUCGGGGGCCAAAUUUCAUGAAAUCAAAGCGAGCAUACGAUGAACAACAAAGCAAGUUGCAUGACCAAGCCCAGCCGUCAUCAUCACACACUCAGCCUACCAAUACCUCGCAAUCUGCGACACUUCCUGCUUCAGGUGCUAACACUACUACAGUAGGUACAACAGCUACACGGUCACUAGCCAUCCGAUUGUGGACCGAGGUCGUGCUGUUUCUCUGCUGUGCAUCUCAAUCACACGCCAAUAGUUAUCAAUGCAGCUAA